AUGGCAGUGGGGCGAUGCAGUAUAGCACUACAGGAGCGUCGUGUGCAACUAGUGGAGAGCUGCAGCCAAAAUGUCACCCACCUCCAGGAGCUUCUUUACCAGGUAGGGGCUCUUACUGAGGAGGACCUCAGCCUGGUGAGAGGGGGAGGUCGCCUGGGGGAGAGGGACUGUAUGAGGACUCUGCUGGAUGUGCUACAUGGGCGUGGAGAGGAAGCCUGUCGAGCCUUCUUUCAUGUACUACAGUCACAGAGAGCCAACACGGAGUCUGAGUCUAUGCUGGCAGCUAUCCCACCUGAGGGCUCUGGACCCAGCAGCAGUGGCUCUAGUCCAACCAACAUGCAGGAGCACUUGAGGAAACACAAGAACAUAUUAGGCAGGCAGCACAGUCCCAUUGAUUACCUUAGUAUCAGGACUAGUAGAUGUAGUAGCUCAGAGAGUGUUGAUGAGCCUGGUUCCUUUACAGAUAUCAUGUGGUCCAGGUGCGUGGGCUACACUGUUCCCUUGCAGUACCACCAGCACGAGGCAGCCAUGGUGGGUGACGCCUUCCGGAGCCAGGACCAGGUCUGUACCUUUCAAGAUGUCUGCCAGAGUCUGCUGUCUGUUCCAGGAGACGACAUGACUCUGCUCUCGGGGGUGGCCGGUAGUGGGAAGACCACUGUGGUGAGACGGCUGGUUCAUGAGUGGGCCCGGGACUCUGACUCCCAGAAGAUAGUCCUGUCCCUAUCCUUCAGAGAGCUCAAUCUGCUCAGUGAGCCUCAGAGCCUGCAGGAGCUUCUCCUGGUGUACUACAGCCACCUCAAACCUGUUCUGGCCCGGAUCGUUGACUCCCAACCUGGACGGAUCCUGCUCAUCUUGGACGGGCUCGAUGAGUUCCGCUUCCCCCUGGACUUUGAGCGGAGCCCCAAGUGCUCAGACCCGGAGCGGAGGCUGGGCAUGGGGGAGAUGGUGGUGAACCUGAUUAAGGGUCACCUCCUCCCCGGUAUCUCCAUCCUGGUCACAUCACGGCCCCACUCCGUCUCCAAGGUCCCUCCCCUGCUGGUGACCCAGCUCUACAGCAUCCUGGGCUUCUCCACAGACCAGCAGAGGCACUACUUUGAGCAGAGCUGCAGCUCUCCCCUGGUGGCCUCUGACGUGUGGGGCUAUGUUUCUUCCUACCAGCCCCUCCAGCUCAUGUGCCGUAUACCGGCCUUCUGCUGGAUUGUCUCCACUGCCCUGCGUGAUGGAACCCCCUGCUGCCUUAGACAAGUCACCACCACCACUCUGCCCAGUACAGCUAGGACAAGGCCAGCAGGCUCCAGUGAUACCACCACCAACAACAACAGGGCUGAAGAAGCCACUCCAACCCCUUCCACCUUCUCCUCCACUGUUCCCAGGGUGAUGUUAAUGAGCGGCCAUGUCAAGCCCAUCACCAUCACAGAGAUCUACUGCUGCUUCCUCAAGUCCAUCCUGGUGUUCCACGGAGAGGGCCGCAGUCAGGAAGGCUGCAGCCCGCAGCGUCUCCAGGAGGCUCCGCAGGUCCUACAGGAGAUGCAGCCCACGCUGAGAAACCUGGGAGCCCUGGCCUUCAAGGGCUUUCUAGAGCGACGCUUCCUCUUCAACCAGGCUGAUCUGAGCUCUUUCUCCCUGGACUGCAGCGGCCUGUCCAAGGCCUUCCUGGUGGAGAUCCUCAGAGAGGACCGGGCCUCGCUCAGCUACCAGAGGAGCUUCCACUUCAUCCACACUAGUGUACAGGAGUUCCUGGCUGCUCUGUACUACAUCCUGCAGGCCCUCUCCGGCUCAGACCCAUUCUCAGGGCUCAAGUCAGCCGGUGGUGUAGCCCUGUUUUCAGUCGCCCUGCACAAAGUGUUAACCUCCACUGCUAAUAAGCUGCUGAGGCCCAGACGACUCCUGCGCAGAUACGUCAAGAAGGCUUUCUCCUGGGGUGGACACCAUCAGUCUGGUCACAUGGACCUCUUUUGCAGGUCAAAUAAUAUGUACAUACAAAUACAUAUACAAAUACAUAGAUAAAAGUAGUAUUGUGUUUUGUCAUUCACUUCAUCCCAUUUAACGUUCAGAAAAUGUCUCUUUGUUAACUUGUUUCUCUCUCCAUUAAUUGUACAUUAUUUCGCAUUUCUCUCCUUGGGUAGAUUUGUAUCUGGCCUAUUGGUACCUCAAAUCCGUGUAAUCCUGGAUGGACUAUUCCGAGGCAGAUCACAAAUACUCCCAUCUCUCUCCUCCUCCUCUCUGUCCCUGCCCUCUCCUCCUCCUCCUCCUCCUCCCACCCCUCCCUUUCUCCUGAGCCUGCUCCACUCCCAGCUCCAAUGUGGCAGACUGAGUCCAGAGAGGCAGGUCAACGUGUGCCACUGCCUGUAAGAGGCCCAGGACCCAGGCCUGGCCCAGCGUCUACAAAGCUGGCUGCAGGUCCUGGCCCAGCAACAGGUCCCAGACCAGUCUGGCCCAGCCAAGAGGGACUGGAGCGAACUGGCCUUCCUGCUGCAGCUGAUCCCAGACCUGCAGGAUCUAAAUCUGGAGGCCCAGGGGCUGGACGCGGAGGGCUUGCGUAGACUGCUGCCUGUACUCCCUCUCUUCAACACCCUUAGGUGGGCUAAGUCAUGUGUAACACCUUAAAUCAGGCUUAAUCCAAACACAAAAAUGAAGUUAUCUAUAUUUUUCUCCAAACUGUAUUUGUUUCAUGAUACAUGAGAAUGAAAACCCUGUGUAUUUAUCUCCUGUAUUUUUUCCUCAUAAAGGCUAGGUCAGAAUCCACUGGGUCCUGAGGGGGCAAUUGUGUUAGCCUGUGCUGUGCAGAGCCCAGACUGCCGUGUUGAGAGACUGUGGUGAGUACAGUAUAAGGGCUAAUUGAAGCAGAGAGAAUAAUUGGAUAGGAUAACUGAUAUCACCACCUUGGAGGGACUACAUGGACUUUUAAAAAAACACUCAUUUUCCUUUUCUGUUGCAAAGCAGUUUAAAACGUUUUCCAUGGCAUGCCCUAAUGAACAUGACCCUGUGUAAUUGUUCUGGUUCCAGGGUGGUAGGGACAGGACUGGGUUGCGAGGGACUCAAGGUGCUUACAGAAGGACUGAAAGACAACCACACAGUGGUCGACCUCAGGUAACACAGGAUAUUAAUGCUCUGAUAGGCUACAGCUAGUCAAUAAAAUUCAUUAUAAAGCAGUCUCUCACCAAUCAUUGUCUGCCAUCAUUCCAUGGUUUAAGGAUGGCCAUCAAUCACAUUGGCGACGUGGGAGCGGGCUGUCUGGCGGAUCUACUGCAGACCAAUCAUACACUUAAAGAUAUCAGGUGAAGAUGAGAAACCACUGCUAUCAAAGAUAUCAUCCUUUGCGGUUAAAAACAGCCUAGUCACACAUCUGUGGUCAAGUUCUCGCAUAUUCUUAUGUUAGUUCACACUAGGUAAUUACAAGAAUAAGGCCUGGAUUCAAACAAACACAGAUGUGCACUAUUGCUGUACCUAGGUUGUUGAUCUGUCUUGGAUUGAUCCUCGAACAUAGGCUUUUGGUCAGGUAAAUCAAUAUUAGCAACAGACAUGUUUUUGUGUUCCUCAGGCUCCGUGACAACCAGAUUACUGAUAAGGGAGUAGAACUCCUCAUGGAAGCACUGACUGAGAAUACCACUCUGGAACAUCUCUGGUGAGCAGUGACACACUCUCGGUUUACCAUGUACACUACCGUUCAAAAGUUUGGGGUCACUUAGAAAUGUCCUUGUUUUCAAAAGAAAAGCAAUUUUUUUGUCCAUUAAAAUAACAUCAAAUUGAGCAGAAAUACAGUGUAGACAUUGUUAAUGUUGUAAAUGGCUAUUGUAGCUGGAAACGGCAGAUUUUCUAUGGAAUAUCUAAAGCAGAACUUAAUAUUUGGUACAGAAACAUUUGUUUGCAAUUACAGAGAUCAUACGUUUCCUGUAGGUCUUGAACAGGUUUGCACACACUGCAGCAGGGAUUUUGGCCCACUCCUCCAUACAGACCUUCUCCAGAUCCUUCAGGUUUCGGGCCUGUCGCUGGGCAAUACGGACUUUCAGCUCCCUCCAAAGGUUUUCUAUUGGGUUCAGGUCUGGAGACUGGCUAGGCCACUCCAGGACCUUGAGAUGCUUCUUACGGAGCCACUCCUUAGUUGCCCUGGCUGUGUGUUUCGGGUCGUUGUCAUGCUGGAAGACCCAGCCACGACCCAUCUUCAAUGCUUUUACUGAGGGAAGGAGGUUGUUGGCCAAGAUCUCGCGAUACAUGGCCCCAUCCAUCCUCCCCUCAAUAUGGUGCAGUCGUCCUAUCCCCUUUGCAGAAAAGCAUCCCCAAAGAAUGAUGUUUCCACCUCCAUGCUUCACGGUUGGGAUGGUGUUCUUGGGGUUGUACUCAUCCUUCUUCUUCCUCCAAACACAGCGAGUGGAGUUUAGACCAAAAAGCUAUAUUUUUGUCUCAUCAGACCACAUGACCUUCUCCCAUUCCUCCUCUGGAUCAUCCAGAUGGUCAUUGGCAAACUUCAGACGGGCCUGCACAUGCGCUGGCUUGAGCAGGGGGACCUUGCGUGCGCUGCAGGAUUUUAAUCCAUGACGACGUAGUGUGUUACUAAUGGUUUUCUUUGAGACUGUGGUCCCAGCUCUCUUCAGGUCAUUGACCAGGUCCUGCCGUGUAGUUCUGGGCUGAUCCCUCACCUUCCUCAUGAUCAUUGAUGCCCCACGAGGUGAGAUUUUGCAUGGAGCCCCAGACCGAGGGUGAUUGACCGUCAUCUUGAACUUCUUCCAUUUUCUAAUAAUUGCGCCAACAGUUGUUGCCUUCUCACCAAGCUGCUUGCCUAUUGUCCUGUAGUCCAUCCCAGCCUUGUGCAGGGCUACAAUUUUAUCCCUGAUGCCCUUACACAGCUCUCUGGUCUUGGCCAUUGUGGAGAGGUUGAGUCUGUUUGAUUGAGUGUGUGGACAGGGUCUUUUAUACAGGUAACGAGUUCAAACAGGUGCAGUUAAUACAGGUAAUGAGUGGAGAACAGGAGGGCUCUUAAAGAAAAACUAGAGGUCUGUGAGAGCCGGAUUCUUACUGGUUGGUAGGCAAUCAAUAAUUAUGUCAUGCAAUAAAAUGCAAAUUAAUUACUUAAAAAUCAUACAAUGUGAUUUUCUGGAUUUUUGUUUAGAUUCGUCUCUCAUAGUUGAAGUGUACCUAUGAUAAAAAUUACAGACCUCUACAUGCUUUGUAAGUAGGAAACCUGCAAAUCGGCAGUGUAUCAAAUAUUGUUCUCCCCACUGUACAUAGGCAUACAGAGGCCCAUUAUAGAACCAUCAGUCCUGUGUUCCAAUGGCACGUUGUGUUUGCUAAUCCAAGUUUAUCAUUUAAAAGGCUAAUUGAUAAUUGAAAACCCUUUUGCAAUUAUGUUAGCACAGCUGAAAACUGUUGUGCUGAUUAAAGAAGCAAUAAAACUGGCCUUCUUGAGACUAGUUGAGUAUCUGGAUCAUCAGCAAUUGUGGGUUCAAUUACAGGCUCAAAAUGGCCAGAAACAAAUAACUUUCUUCUUAAACUCGUCAGUCUAUUCUUGUUCUGAGAAAUGAAGGCUAUUCCAUGCGAGAAAUUGUCAAGAAACUGAAGAUCUCGUACAACGCUGUGUACUACUCCCUUCUCAGAACAGCGUAAACUGGCUCUAACCAGAAUAGAAAGAGGAGUGGCGCAGUGCUCUAAGGCACUGCAUCGCAGUGCUAGCUGUGCCACUAGAGAUCCUGGUUCGAAUCCAGGCUCUGUCGUAGCCGGCCGCGACCGGGAGACCCAUGGGGCGGCGCACAAUUGGCCCAGCGUCGUCCAGGGUAGGGGAGGGAAUGUCUGGCAGGGAUGUAGCUCAGUUGGUAGAGCAUGGCGUUUGCAACGGCAGGGUUGUGGGUUCGAUUCCCACGGGGGACCAAAAAAUAUAUAAUGUAUGCACUCACUAACUGUAAGUCGCUCUGGAUAAGAGCUUCUGCUAAAUGAUGUAAAUGUAAAAAUGUAAAUGAGUGGGAGUCCCCGGUGCACAACUGAGCAAUAGGACAAAUACAUUAGAGUGUCUAGUUUGAGAAACAGACGCCUCACAGGUCCUCAACUGGCAGCUUCAUUAAAUAGUACCCGCAAAACAGCCGUCUCAACGUCAACAGUGAAGAGGCGACUCCGGGAGGCUGACCUUCUAGGCAGAGAUACAAAGAAAAAGCCAUAUCUCUGACUGCCCAUCUUAAUCUUUUCUUUUUCAACUCUGCCUAGAAGGUCAGCAUCCCGGAGUCGCCUUUUCACUGUUGACGUUGAGACUGGUGUUUUCAAAAACAAGGACAAUUCUAAGUGACCCCAAACUUUUGAACGGUAGUGUAUAUGCUCUAAUUAAUACAUUUCUUAUAAAACAUUGAGGAAUUUGAAUUCCAAUCUGCAGGUAUGGGUCUGCAACCUUAACAUCUUUACAUUAGUUUACUUAGCAUUGAUACUGUUAUCUGCUCAAUUUCCUACUAUUUGAACAAGAUAAUAUUUUACAUAUGUUGACAUUUCAUUGUGACUGUCUCUUUUCUCAGGAUGUUUGACAACAAGUUAUCAAAGGAGGGAGUCAGGAAGCUGAAGGAGUUCGCCAGGAACAUGUCUCAUCUGGACAUCAAAGUGUGCAUCUGA